AUGUCUUCAAUGUCACAACAGCCUAAUACUGCAACUUCUGAUACAUUUUUGGGACAAAGUCCAACUGUCACCUGUUCUAAUCGUUUUGAUUCCGAUUCUGCUACAAUAACGAACUAUUAUAAAUUUGCCAAUGUCACCGAUAUUGUGUGUUGCUUUUAUCAUGUUUUCACCGAUUCGUCAAAUUCACAACUUCAAACCGUACCCACUUUACUCCAACGUGUUCAUGGUUAUGACCUUCUUUUAAAAUCAAAAUUGCGUUCCGAACACAAUAUCAAUAAUGUUAUCACAUAUGUAUCGAAAAGAGAAAUAUGUAUUUUUCAACUUCGAACGACUAAGGAAGAGCGCAGUUCUGAUGUUACACUUGAAGCAUCUGAAGCAGAAGGAUCCAAACCAAAUGAUCGUCCAGAAAUACGAUUUCUCAAGAAUGCUGUUGAUCAAAUCAUUUUAAAGCAUCACCUCAAUCUUAAGUUCUUGUCGGCAUCCAUAUUUGAUUCCAAGAUAAUAUUUCAAAGUCCAACAUCAACAUCUCAGACAUCGAAGAAAAGACCAAUUGGAAUAGUGUAUCUCAGCUUUCUUAGAGCUGUCAAAUGUUACAUAAUACAUGAAUUAUCUAGUUGGCACAGGCUUUUCCAGGGAAGUAGGCAUGCAUUAUCAUUGGAUAUGGUCCCAUUUGGUAAUCAGAUGUUAACAACGUCUACAAUUCACACAACUAUAACAGGCGGACAUUCCAUGACCGAGAGAAAGAAGAAGUUGGUAGGUUACUCGAUUUUUCAAGUCAAUCCUUCAAUGAACAAGAGUGGUGAUUUGCUUGUAAAUUUUUCCGCCAGCAAAAAGAUGUUUUACAAAUUGUCUGAUUACUUAGCAAUCAAUUGUGAUAAUGAUCCGAAGUUACUUGACAAGAAAAGCUUCGCUGUUUUUAUGUGUCCGUCCGGAGUCCAAUGUUCCUUUGCUGUUGAAGGAUGUUUCAGUAAAUCAAUAUGCGAUGAGCCAUCGUCCGUUAAUUCUUUUGCCUCAUUAUUAAAGGCAUAUAGCAAUAUCGAUAUUAUUAAGGACAUUUCCUUUCAACCAAGCGAAGUGAGAAAAUGGAUCAGAUUAGUUCCAAAUUUAAAGCAUGUCAAUGGCCUCACCCAAGACAUUUCACGAUUCACUGAGCAGAUCUCGAGUGCAGGAAGAUUUAUAAUGUGGCCAUUGGAGUUGUGCUUCAUAUUAUUUCCGGUAGAACCAGAAGAGGCACAUGUGUUUGAUAUUCCAUCUAUAUGUGAUCCUUGGGAUCUAACUGAUAAGUUGUUGAAUAUAAGUCCAAAAAAUAGCAGUAAGACUGUUAAUAUGGAUGUUAGACCGAUUCGAAAAGAAGCAUCUUCGAUAAAUUUUUCACAUGAUGUUGCGGCCGAUACAGAGAAAUCAGUGCAUUCUUUGAACAAAAUUUCUGUUCCAAGGUCUCCUGUAAAAAUGAAUGUGAUUGAGCCGAAUUCCGAUGGUGUUAAAAAUCCUGAAAUCGAUAAUAAUUCAUCUACAGUUGUUUCAAACGAUAAAUAUGGGGGGAAUUCAUUAAUGAAUGGGGACAAGAAUGAUGGAGAUGAUGAUGUACCUGAUGAAAACAUGAGUGAUCUAUUUGGAGAUGACGAUAGUGAUGAUUCAAAAGAAACUGGAUCAGUUGAUAACAAAGAUGUUACAGAGAAAAAGAUAAGGGAAAACACAGAUAGUGAAGUCGGUGAUGAAACGGAUAAGCAUACAGACACGUCAUCAAUUCAUUUAUUGUCAGCUAGGACCAGUCCCUUGUAUGAGGAUCCAGGGGCUCCAGGUCCAGUUUCUCUUCAAAUAUUUGUAACACCAUCUACCUCAGAGAGUAUACCUGAGUCUGAAGAAAAUUCCAGUGGUUCGAAGUCAACGGGUGAGUCCAAGAAAUCUAUUUUUGCACCUUUAAGUUUUAACCCGCUUAUAAAAAAGGAUAUUGAUAGCAAAUAUUCAAGUGGCGGAAAGUACUUUGUGAAAAGUGGCGAGCACUCAACACAAAAUACUGGUAGUGAUAGUUCCAAGCCAAAAUUCCCUCUCGAUGAAGAUGCUGAUGUUGAGGUCUCCGACACUGAUGAGGAUAAAUCAGAUGGUUAUGAUGAGGAUUCGGAUGAUGUGGGAGCUUUGGGCUCGAAUGGACCUGUAGAGGAUACUGAGAAUGAAAUCGAAAACGAUGGAAACCUUGACAGUGAAGAUAAUGAUACUUCAAUGUCAGCAUCUGAAGAAGAAAGUGAGGCAUCUGAGGUUGAAGAGUCUGGUAGUCAGGGGUAUAUUCAUAAUAUAAGUACGAUGCGAUCUGUGGGUGUGCAGGCAACCUCUUUACUUGCUAGUCCUGUGACUCCUCAUAGUGCUAUAUUUGAAAAAUCUGGAAAAGAGGUGGAGAGUUGGAUGUUCUGGAUUUUAAGAGGUCCUUCUGUUGUCAGUAUACCUUCUCACUUUCUGCCAAACAUGAAUUCACUAAAAGUUCCAGUAGACGAGCUCCAAAACAUUUUGCCAGUUCUAGAGGAUUUUAUCCUGUUUUCUCAAAAAGAUUUAGGGAGUGCUGAUUUGGGCACCCUAAUUCAACAUCGUUCAAAUACAUCUAUGCCUGAUUUUGACGUCGAUUUUGUUAUUCAGAAGGUUUUUCCAGGUGUCGUGAAAGCCCCCCUCGUUGAUUUAUUAAAUGAACCUGAAGAUGGUGCAAGUGAUUCGAAAUUGAAAAAUGAGAAUGCGUAUGAAUGUCUUUUUGGUGAAAAUCCACCGCUUGAGAAGAAAGGGUCUCUGGUUAAAGGCAUUGAACGUAGCGAGAAUCACGAAUUUGAUGAUCCCAGCUUUUCAACUGCAACGCCUUCUGAGCAGGAUCACACACAACAGUUAUCACCUAAUGUAUUACUGCCGUCCGAUGUUGGCCGAAAGAAGUCGGAAGUAACGUCUAAUAAAUUAUUCAGGAUCCCGACGACUUUCGUAUCUGUGAAGCGACUGGGAAAGAAUCUCAGAUUGAAUGAAACUGCCCUUCCAUUUUGGAAGCAAUUGGGGCUAGAUGUAGCCGGGCAUAAGAAAAAUUUUGAAAUUUUGGUUGUGAUGCCCCAGUCUGAUAACGGGUAUUAUGUGCAUGAGAUUAAUCAAUUGAUAGAUUCACUUGUUCAAGAGUAUUCAGCACGGGGGUUGGGUACAAUCCUGAAGUGCAGGGGUUCUGGAGUGGUUACAAUCAAGUCAGAUAAAUCUACAGAAGAAAGUUAUUGGAAUCAGGUGCAAAAAGUUCUUUUAAGUAUGAUACCAUCUUUGAAAGAGGAUACAAGCUUACAACACUCUAAAGAUGAAAAAAGCGUAAAGAAAGGAAACAGAAACUUGUUGUUACUGUUUGCAACCCCAUAUAUUAGUGUUCCUUCAAUUGUACGCAUGGGUCACAUAUGUGCAACAUUUAAGUCAACCUUAUCAGCAAAAGUAAAAGCUGCAAAUGACCCAGAAGGCCGCAAACGCCGUAAGGUUAGUAUCACGGAACAAGAUAGAUUGGCUAUACCCAAUAUUUUCUAUAAAGUUGUUUCAUUCACAACUCUAUAUUCUAAUGCACAACUACGUUAUGAUUUCCAAUCGCUCAGUUAUAUGGGUCAGUUGGCAUUUCAGUUAUAUAGCAUCUGUCCCGAAAGCACUGAUCUUGAGGAGAAAAGUUCUUUUUUCAAAAUUUCACAGCCAUUCAAAACACACAUUGAUUUUCAGUUAACAAAACGUUCUGUUGCGGAGGAGUUGGUAGAAGAUAACUAUUGCCUACACGUUUGUUAUGAGCACUCUGUAGACAAACGAUGGUGUGUUGCAAGUUGGACAGAUCAGUAUGGUAAUUUUAGCUAUUUGAAGUCAUGGUAUAUUUCUGAGAAUUCUGCAUAUAAAUCAUUUGCUGCUGUCGCUGAGAGUAUUUUCAGCAUAAGUUUACAGUUCAUGGAGAGGUAUGGUCAUAAUGGCUCAAUCAUCCUUUCUCGCUUGAAUGAUAUACUGCCGGAUGAUGAGCUGUCUGCUUGGAAGAAAGAAUCUUUACAACACAGAAAUGUUAAAUUGGUGAUUCUUACAAUAGAGCCGGAAUCAUCUUCGCUCAUAUUAUCGAACUAUAAACUUCCGUCUAUUUUAAAGAGCAGAAAAGAUGUGAAUUCUCAAAGCGUGAAUGACCUUCAAAGAAGUUCCGUAUUAUCUUCUGGGCUUGGAAUCAUUUCGAGUGCUAGUCAAACACCUAACGUUGAAACUAAUUCGGCAAUCUCUCCUUCUUUUGGUACUACGCCUAAUGUGGUUCUGGCAUCCAUGACCGGGGGUGGAACGCGCCUCACACCCGUCAGUAGGCAAGGUUUGGAUUCUGCUCCUUCAUAUUUUCUGAGCUCACCAGUGGAUUAUUCACAAGUUCAUUCACUCAAGAAUCAGCUGGGAUUAGCGGAUUCUUCUUCUGCCGGAGCCUACAAUGUUGAUGCUUCAACUUCUAUUGAAGUUACAAGUAGUACCGGAAAUCUUUUUGAUGACCCUAUUCUUAUUGACCGACAGAGUGAAUGUUAUGGAAUCAUAUUUCCGUCUUCACAACCUCUUUUACACCAGCAGAUCCGGCUUCCUCUUCAAACUGGCUUCUUGAUCGGUACAGGAGAUGGUGUAGCAAAAAACAAAACUUUGGAGGUGAAUUUGUUGAGUUGCCCCUCUAAUAUGGAUUCUGUUUGUCUUCUCAAGGAGUUGCUUACGCAGUUCAAGUUUCUAAGUGUCCUUUCGAGAUAUUAUUGUUUAUACCCAGCUAUAAGGAUGUGUGGAAAUGUUGAAUCAAGUGAUACUGAUGCUUUGAACAAUAGCAUAUCAACUGAUGUUGCUGCAUCUAAGGAUGAAAACUACUACUUGCCUGAGAAAAGAGAUUUGGAUUCUUUCGAGUUUGGUGGUUCUGUCGAAGCGGCUUCCAAAAAGGCUGGCGAUAGAAAUAUUCGAUAUCAUGAAUUUUGUAAGCUGCAGAAGCAACAACAAAGAUUGUACCUUUCAAAGGAGUUAGCAGAUCGUUUCUUGUACGAUGAGCAUCCUAUCAUUCCUCCACAUAUAACUGCAGUCAGGAAGAUGUUAGAUUUCUUGGUUCAUCUCCAAAUUGAAUAA